AUGUAUUUCUUACUAAACCUCUCAUCUGUAUUGGGACUUAUGACCUUAAUUGGGCUCUUUUUCAAUGGAUUUAUUGUGAUAAUGAAUUGGAUUUGGUGGCUGCAGUCUAAAAAGCUACAAACCAUCGAUAUUAUUGUAACAAGUCUGGGGCUCUCCAGAUUUUUUUAUCUGGUAACUUCCAUUUUCAAUUUCUAUUACUAUGUUUUUGUACCUAGAAAAAGACAAACAAACUCUCUUCUGGACACUUCUGGAAUAAUUGUGAUGUUUCAAGCCUAUUGCUGCACCUGGUUUGCCACAUUGCUCUGUGUUUUCUACUGUGUGAAGAUCACCAGCUAUAACUACAGGUUAUUCAUCUACAUGAAACUCAACAUAUCCAGGAUAUUGCCCUGGUUGUAUAUAGUAAUAGUGACAGCUUCAAUCAUCUCCCUUCUUCCCUUUGUAUUGUUUGACACCACCAUACAUAUUAUAAAUUCUACAACUGCCUUCAGUAACACAAGUGUGGAAGGAAAAUACAUUAGAAAAACAUUUUAUGGUCACUUAAUCUCAAACCUUGCAGGAUCUGUUUUACCAUUACCCAUAUUUUGUUUUGCUAUUUCUCUCCUGAUUAGAUCCCUUUGGACUCACACCAGACAUAUGACCAGCAAGGACUCAGGAUUCCGGAAUCCUCAGCUUCAGGCUCAUUUUAGUGCAAUUAGAAUUAUGUUGUCUUUUUUUCUUUUACAUAUCAUUUAUAUUAUAGCACAAUGUGUUUGGCCAUAUAUCCACAGGACAGAAAAUGAAAUUUGGAUAUCACUUCUUUCUAUUCCUACAAUAAUGUAUCCAAGCCUCCACACUGUUAUUUUGAUUUCCAGUAUUAUAAAGCUCAAAUAG